AUGGCCUCGUAUUCCUCCUCCCUGUCAUCCCUGUCGCUGGCGGCUCUGGUGGGGGAGACGGUGAUGACGCCAUCGGGUCAGGCCAACGUCAUCUACCUGGCCGUGAACGAGAGCAGCCCGGGCAGCCUGCUGCUGCAGCUGUGUGAGCUGCUGGCCACCACGCCACUGCAGGGUCUGGUGUUCGAGGAGGAGCGACCGCCGCCGCCCAACCGGGCCCCUCUGGCCCCCAUGCUGGAGUUUGUCUCCGCCCAGACGGGGGUUCCCGUGGUCGCUGUAGGGGGAGGGGCCAGCCUGGGACGAGAGCCACAGGAGACCGGCUCCAUCUACCUCCAGUUCACCUGCUCCACCGCGCUGCAGCUGGAGGUCAUCUUCGAGGUGCUGGAGGAGUACGACUGGACCGCCUUCUCCGUGGUGACCACCCGUCACCAUGGCUACGAGGACUUCCUGGCCAUGGUGGAGGGCAUGACGGACGGCUCGUUCAUCGGCUGGGAGAAGAACAGCGUGGUGAUCCUGAACGUGACGGACGACCCCGGCGGGGCGCGAACCAAGCGGCUGCUCAAAGACCACGAAGCCCAGGUGCGUCUGCUGUACUGUUCCCUGGAGGAGGCCGGGCUGAUUUUCCGUGCAGCCUUGGCGGCGGGUCAGGCCGGGCCCAGUCACAUGUGGUUCGCCGUGGGACCCGCCCUGUCCGGCCUGGGCCUGGAGGGGCUGCCCAAGGCCUUGUUCGCCAUCCGGCCGCAGGGCUGGAGGGACGAGCCACGCAGGCGUAUUGCCAAAGGCGUCUCCGUGCUCACCCACGGGGCCAUGGCUCUGCGGAGGGACCAGGGGGCCACCAGCCGCUCGCAAUACGCAGGCAACUGCCAGAGUGACGGGAACCAGACCCACCGAGUGCACGACAGGAUCAGGUACUUCACCAACAUCUCCAUCGGGGGGCGGGACUACUCCUUCAACAGCGACGGCUACCUGUCCAACCCGCUGCUCGACGUCAUCUCCUACACCAACGGGAGGGGAUGGGAGGAGGGCUGUGAGCCACCUGUCACUCAGGCAGCAGUGGGGACGCCAGAGGAGCCCGGCUUCCCUCCGAGCCCGGCGCCCCCUCGCUCCUCCUCCUCCUCAGCUUGGAGCCUGUGA